UCUCACUCUCCCCCUCCUCCUCCUCUCUCCCUUCAUUCCUUCUCGCUCUCUCUCCCUCUCUCUCUACUCCGGCACUGCAGUGCUGAUUGUGAUUGCACACACACACAUACACUCACGCAAGCACACACGCGCAAGCACACACACACACACACACACACACACACAGGAGCUGAGAGGCAAGGACUGCAGCAGCAUGCACCAACCGCGGCUGAGCUGUUCGGGGACACAAGGAAGGGGGAACUGAGGAGAGGAAAUAGUGUGCUAUCUCACACCAGCCUACGUGGGCAUCUUUGCAGCGGCUGGGAGCGAUGAAUUUCAAGAGCGGAUAGCUUAUGUUAUCCGGCCUUCCCCCCUGCACUGCCUCUGCAUCCCGUUCACCCUGCUCCUCCCACUCCAAGUCUUCCUCCUCCUCCUGUCUACAGCAUCAUUACACCGGACUACAGAUUGACCGGGACUGGUCGAGCGGCGGACGGUCAGGUUUGCCCCGGCUGGAAGACACCUCUGUGGCUAAGCUAGAUCUACACCUCCACUGGAUUGUAAUCGACAUCCGGAGCUGGAAGACGAACCGCAAGCCGAAAGGAGCCUCGGAUGUGUUGUGUCAUUUCUUUUACCAGCAUUGUCAUUUGGCGCAUUUGCUCUAUUUGGCUGCUUGUUUUUUGCCUUCUCUGAGACUGGCUAGCAGGCACUGCAGCAUCAGGACCGCAAGACCCAUGAAACAGUAGGGCAUGAGGACCCAGGGGCGACCCAAAGGAAGGGCUUGAGUGCUUCCAUUGCUACCACUGCUGCUGAGGUGCUUAUCUUGAUUUUUUUUUUCCUCCAGAAAAGGGUGUCUGGUGGGGGUUGGGGUGAGUGGUACAGGUACCCAGGCCCCUGCAGAGGAGAGCAGAGCAGAGCGGCUGGCUCUUGCAUAGAGGAGGCAGACAGGACGUCCUGUGGGAAAGAGGGGGGAGAAGAAGGGCCGGCUCGAGCGUUGGGCUCCUGAUGGUGGCUAUUUUUGUCUCCCCUAGCUGAGUGAUUGGGACAGCGGGUGGAAGAGAAGAUGCUUAUGGCCCGAGACACGGCGCGGGACGAGGCUCAAAAGCUACACAGGAAGUGGCUGAAGCACCAGGCCUUUAUGGCAGAACUGGCCCGCAAUAAGGAAUGGCUUGCCAAGAUCGAGCAGGAGGGUCAGGAGCUGAUCCAGGAGAAGCCAGAGCUGCGUCCCGUAGUUCAGCAGAAACUGGAGGAGAUCAGAGAGUGCUGGUCCGACCUGGAGAGCACGACCAAGGCCAAGGCCCGCCAGCUCUUCGAAAACAACAAGCCCGAGCCGGCAAUGAAGAGCUACUCGGACCUGGACAACCAGCUCUCCCACCUGGAGCAGCAGCCCCCCCAGCUGGAGCAGGUGCACCAUCUGCCCACCUUCAACGAGCAGCUCCAGAAAUUCCAGGCUAUGGAGUCUCAGAUUGGGGACUUUUACAAGGAUGUGGGAGACCUGGGUAGUUUGCAGGGGGUCUGCCUACCCCAGCGAGGGCUGAUGGCAGGUGACAGGGAGGGCGGCGAGCAGUCGGGCAUGGUGGAGACCCGCAUCGUCCGCCUCAUUGAGCCGCUGAAGGAGAGACGCCGCAUUCUGCUGGCUUCCAAAGAGAUGCACCAGGUCGCCCAGGACCUGGAGGACGAGAUACUGUGGAUUCAGGAGAGGCUUCCCCUGGCCUCCUGUAAGGAUUAUGGGACUAACCUUCAGAGUGUUCAGCAGCAUGUAAAAAAGAACCAGACACUCCAGAGGGAGCUGACAGGGCGGCGGGCUCGCGUGGAGGAGGUUCUGGACCGCGCAGGGAUCAUCGCUUCGCUGAGGACUCCCGAGGUGGAGUUUGUGCGCGAAGGGGCCGGGCACGUGCGCCAGCUGUGGGAGGUUUUGCAGCUGGAGACGGAGCGCCGGUGCAUGAUGCUGGAUGCCACGCUGCAGGCUCAGCAGUACUAUAGCGAGGCGGCUAAAGUGGAGUCCUGGCUGUCAGGUCAGAAGCUCCAUCUGGUCAACGAAGAGAGAGGCACGGACGAGGUGAGCACCCUGCAGCUGCUGAAGGCCCACCUGGCUCUGGAGCAAACGGUGGAAACAUACGCAGAGACAGUAGGCAUGCUAUCCCAGCAGUGCCAGCGUCUACUGGAACUUGGACACCCAGAAAGUGUGCAGCUCACCAAGCAGCAGUCGCACAUAGACCGGCUGUAUGUGUCUCUGAAGGACAUGGUGGAGCACAGGAAGACCAAGCUGGAACAGCAGUACUGGCUCUAUCAGCUCAACAAGGACGUGGAGGAGUUAGAGAAGUGGAUCACUGAGCGAGAGACGGUGGCCAGUUCCACUGAGCUGGGCCACGACCUCGAGGACGUCACGGUGCUUCAGGAGAGAUUCACCAAGUUUGCCUCAGAAACCAACAGUGUUGGUCAGCGGCGCAUGGAGCAGGUGAACAAAAUGGUGAACGAGAUGAUCGACUGCGGGCAUUCGGACGCAGCCACCAUUGCCGAGUGGAAGGACGGGCUGAACGAGUCGUGGGCUGACCUCCUGGAGCUGAUGGAGACCCGCAGGCAGAUGCUGGCGGCGUCGCACCAGCUGCACAAGUUCUUCACCGACUGCAAAGAGGUCUUGGCUCAGAUCGCGGGGAAGAUGAAGCAGCUGCCAGAGGUGAGGGCGUGCCAAGCCAACAUCACCAAUCCGGCCACCCUGCAGAGACUCAUGCACUCGUUUGAGCAUGCCCUUCAACUGCUCGUCGCACAGGUGAGGCAACUGCAGGAGAACGCGGCCCAGUUGAGGACCAUCUAUGCUGGUGAGAAGGCCGAGGCCAUCAUGGUCAAAGAGAUAGAGGUGAUGGAGGCCUGGAAGGAGCUGCUGGGCUCUUGCGAGGCCAGUCGCGUCCAGGUCACCUCAGUAACGGACAAGGUGCAGUUCUUCUCAGUGGUGCGUGAAAACCUGAUGUGGAUGGAAGGCAUUAUGGGCCAGAUCGGAUGGGAUGAGCCCAGGGAUUUGACGGCUCUAGAGGUGAUGAUGAAACAACAUCAGGAGCUGAAAGCCAAAGUAGACGGCCGCAGCAAGACCAUACAGCAGUGUGCAGAUCUGGGCAAGAUCCUAAUAGCUGCCGGCAACCAUGCAUCAGAGGAGAUACAAGAGAAGCUGGACAGUCUUCUGGCUAAGCAGAGGGAUCUUGUUGAAAAAUGGGACAAACACCAGGAGAAGUUACAGCGCAAGCAGGAAAAGUUCCAGUUUGCCCAGGAGACGGUAAGGGCGGAAGCCUGGCUUAAGGCCAAGGAGCCGCUGAUCACCUCCAGGGAGCCAGAGGGAGGAGGGGCCCGGGCUCAAACAGACGAGGUUGAGCAACUCAUCCUUCGCCACGAGGCCUUCCGCAAGGCUGCUGUAACCUGGAAAGAACGCUUCAGCUCUCUCCGCCAGCUUUCCGCAGCUGAAAAGAAAAAAGAGGAGGAGAAAAAGACAACCCCACUCUCCAGCCGAAGGAUGUUCCCAUUAUCAUGUCUGACUCCCAGCGUUCCCUCAGCCAGUGCUACCUCAUCUUUCUUGAGGCAGACUGUACAGGCGCAUAUAGAACACAAACCCUUACAGACCAGUCUGGAUCUUGGUGCCACCCCUGCAAGCCAGAGAUUGUCCUCAACCCUAGCCAGCUACAAGCCAGUUAUAAAUGGAUCAGGCUACCACGGAUUGGAACAGCAGAGCAGUGGGAAGUUGGUGAGCUCCUCGUACCUUGGAAUGAACCACCAGGCGGUUGGGGGUGGAAGUGACUCCGGUUUCUCAGCGCUGACCUCCCAGAGUGGUGGAGCAGACACUUCUACUUACCUUGGGAUAAACAAUCGAACUGCUGGCAGUGCAGAGAGUUCUGGGUACUUUGGACUGACAACUGGGAGUGUGGGUAGUACGCAAAACCAUCAAGGCAGUGGCAGGUUAGGAAGUUCAAGUAACCUAGCUCAGCAGCCAAGCAGUGGAGGUAUGGGAAGCCCUGGCUUUCUGCCUCAACAGAAUAUGGGCAGUUCUGGGUAUUUGGCUCAAACACAAAAUAUGGGCAGUUCUGGAUACUUGGGACAUCAGCCUAACUUAGGGAGUACAGGAUAUUUGGCACAACCGCCUAGUAUGGGGAGCUCUGGGUAUUUGGCGCAGCAGCAGCCUAAUACGGGGAGUUCCGGGUAUUUGGCACAACAGCCUAAUACGGGGAGUUCCGGGUAUUUGGCACAACAGCCUAAUACGGGGAGUUCUGGGUAUUUAGCACAACCACCUAAUAUGGUGAGUUCUGGAUACCUAGCACAGAAUUUUCAGAGCAGUGGGGGAUUGGGUAGCUCAGGCUUUCUAGCACAAAAUCAUUACAGCAGUGGAAGUCUGGGCAGUUCUGGUUACCUGGCGCAGAGUGGUGGCAUCAUGGACCCUAAGAUGGCGUAUGCAUGGCAGCACCUGAAAGCUGACUUCAUGCAGCCCAGAAUCAACCACAUCCACAAGGCUGUAAACCCCCUCCUAGAGGCCAGCAGAGUGCAGCGGGAACAGUUUGGGGACAUCCCAAUGGCAGACAUGGUGGGGCCAGAGUCAGGGUUGGAGCUCCUCCACGGCCGUCUCCAAAGGGAUCCCCGUGGCAGCCGCUCUGAUCCUCAGAUGGACCAUCUGAGGCGAGAGAGGGAGUACAAGCUGGGUAGACAGACUUCCAGCGAACAGGAGAUCCAGGCCAGGCUAAACGAGUUGCCGCUGAUUGUGCGUCAGGAGCGCUACCGGAGGCGCCUGGAGAGGCAGUCGUCCAGCGAACAGGAGGGGAGCAGCAAGCAGAGGCUACAGAGACAGGACUCGAGUGACCUGGAGGGCUCUGUUAAGGAGGGCUCCGACAAACGCUCAGGGGACAAGAGAUCUACCAUGGCAGAGAUUGUAGAGCAGGCCCAGGAGAGAGAGGCAGCACAGACACGAGGAGAGCCUUAUCGCCCUACAAGCAGCCUCUCAGCACCCGUGACUCGUUUUGACGGACGCCCUCGUGCCCGAGACCGUCCCAAACCGAGGAGGAGGCCCCGUCCAAAAGAACCUGAGGAGACACGACGUUCUCGCUCGGCUCCAGCUACUGGUGCCCCAACGACACCUCAACCGCCUUCACACACUGCCCUAAACGAAGGCUUCCUCUACCGCAAAAAGGCCACCCGUUCUGACCUUGAAGCUCAGCAAAGAAGCCCAAACAGCAAGUCCUGGACAAACGUAUAUUGUGUGCUGAAGGAGGGACAGCUGACCUUCUACAAGGAUGCUAGGCACCAGACCACAACAUACAAUGAGGAGCCCCCUGUAGAACUUAGUAACUGCACGUUUGAUCCUUCAAUGGGAUACAAGAAGAAGAAAAAUGUCUUCAUUCUUCAAAUGAACGAUGGAAUCAACUUGGCAUUCCACGCAAAAGAUGAGGAGGACCUGAAGGCCUGGACUUCAAACAUCACCACCUGUAUAGCUGAACACGAGUCCAUGGGCAAGUGGGACAAGCCGGGCACCUCGUCCAUGGAUCCCGACAACUCGGAGAGGAAGGAGAAGUCAGAGGGGGACGCGGACGCCAGGUCAGAGAGGUCCGAGCUGGCCGAAGGGGAGGAGCGGUCCGAGAAGGAGAGGUCAGAGAAAGGGGACGGCUCCGAGAAGUUAGACACGUCAGAAAUUGCCGACAAAAUGGAGGGCGGGGCGGGGGGCUCCAGCACGUCUGGGAAGAGCAAAUGAGGAGCCCCUUUGUGUUUUUAACAUUACUCACUGACUAAAGGCGUAGGAGGCGGUGGGUGGGAGGGACGGAUGGAGAGCAUGUGCAGCUAGGUUUGCAGAUCCUCAGUCACAGAGCCGGAACACACCGAGGCCAUGGUCCUUGGACUGACUAUUGUUACAGUGACAGACUAAUCUCUCAGCCCCUUCCCUUCACCCAGGCAAUACAUCAGUGCUUGCAUUGGGCCACCUGCUGGUAGAUAGCAGGUCGGCCCAGACAGACAGACAGACAGACAGACAGACUCCAACAAGUGGUCCCAGGAAUUAGUCACUAUCACGUCCCAUCGUUGAUCGUUUAAUCUCUUGGAUUCACAGCAUCUUUCUGUAUGUAUCUUUGACUGAUAAUAUAACGCUCUGUCUAGCUAGACCAACCCGAGAAGCGGUGAAUGAAAUGUUUCACAAUGUCAAAAAAAAAGAAAAAAAGUUUUUUGAAGCAAUAUACUUUUUUUAUUUCUUCUCUUUGUCAAAGAGAUAAAAGGGGGAAGAGGAAAGAAUGAAUAAUCGCAAAUGUGAACUCUAUGAUUUGUCACAUCCACGUGAGCUUACUCCAGGCAGUUGUGCACCUUAGACACUUGACACAUCUGUAUACUAAUCAUACUGACAUUUAAUCCAGUCACAUGGCUAGCUUUGAAUCAUGUUAAUAUAACGGAAUGCUGGUGUUACCCACCUGACUUCAUUGGUGUCAAUGAAUACACAGUUCUACAGUCUCUUUUUUUUUAAUUACAAUUUUCAUUAUUAUUAUUGUUUGUCCACAACGAUCCAUGUCAAAAAAAAGAACUUUCCAUCAAAUUCUAAUCCAAGGUGUGUUCAAAGUGGCAAUGCUCAAAGUAAUACUAAGCCUAAUGUGACACAAUGCCUUUGUAUACAUGACAAAAAAUCAGAACAUUGCAUGAAAAAAAGUCUAGUGCACCUGUUGAACUUGCCUCUAUUUUUUGUGUUCGUGAAAUAGGUUGGGCAGUAUUGGAAUUGCAAUAAUUGAAUGUGAGCGGGGGCGGGGGGGGCAAAUUGUAUUUUACUAUCACGGUCCACUUCUGAAAAUCCAGAGGUAAAUUUGACAAAGUCGGGUUGUCUUCUAAACCACAGCGAGCAUGAGAAGAAAGGGAAGGUUGGUUUUUCUUUGGACAGGGGUAAACCAGAUAAGAGACUACUGUUACAUGAAUUAAGAUGCCAAAUGGCCUCUCUGCUGUUUGUACUGUAUUACUGCAAUUCAUUUCCCCCAGAAUGUAUUGAUUUCAGCUGUGAAAUGUUCCGUUGCCGCCGCGUUUUGCGGUGCCCCAAAAAUUGUAAAAACAACCCCCUGAAGUGGUUCCACUGAGAGUUGAGCCUCUCUGUACCCUUUGUGUUUCAUUUGAAGUUCAAACCGAUCGGAAUCUCUCCAUCAAAAGGCAAGUUAAAUGUAAAACUGUCAUGAUUCGAGUCAUGAAUUGUAUAUACCUAUCUUUGUAUGUAUACCAAUAAAUCCUGUGCUCUAAUAAAACAAUACUCUGAACUGAAAUGGGUAAAAUUAAAACAUUUGUAUUAAUCCACAAAUAAAGAAAACAAUCGUCACUCAAAUAUAUGAAUGACAUUUAAAUGAAGAAUAUGCAAAUUAGGAGCCACUAUUAAAUAGCAUAGUGUAUAUAAGUACACCAGUAUCUAGUUGUAUCAAACACAUUUGACCAGGGAAGAGCAGCAGGACAUACUGGAGGUAUGCUUGUUGUAUUUUUAUAUGCCUAUAUUUAUUAUUGCCCCAAUAACAACUUGUAAUAAUAUCUGACUGACUAGCCAGUAUGUCUGUGUUACAUUUACACAUCACAGGCAUGAAGAGUUCACCUCGCCUGGGCAGGUCAGUACAUGCUGCCAUGGAAAGUCUAGUUAUUGGUGACUGAACUAAAGUACGGUAUGCUGCAAUCACAGACGUGAACAGAAAUGAAUCCGCUUAUUGUUUGCCAUACAUCAGUUAUUUUUUAAAGUACAAUUAAAGUUGCCAGGAAAAUGUAGCCAUUUUGACACAUUGUACUCAAAUGAAUGACAAAAGAGGGAAUAGUAUGCAUUAACACAUGGGCAGCAGCUGCAACUUUGUUUUCCAUUUUCUAUCUGAUCAAACUGCACCUCAAACGUUAAAAAAAAAGUCUUCCUUUCUAUAAAACACCAAAAGAACAUCUCAGAAGCAGCAGCAUUUGAAGUCACUGACUUGAGGAUUGUAGUGACAGUGUGCAUUGCUGCAGCUGGACGAGCUAUGCUACGGUGUGAAUGUUCUUUUCAUUUGUUUCUUUAUAAGUGCCAUGUCAUGCCAUUUGAAGCAGUGGGUCAGAAGAGAAAACACUUGGUUAUUGAAACAUGACAGUCAUUGCAAUACAUAUUUUUUUUAUCAUUGACAUAGGAGCUGUAGUAUUUUCGUGGCUGUAAAUGGACAUGGCAGAUAUUUAGCUUGCAUCACCACGUGCGGUGUGUUUUUGCUUCCCAUAACUUUGAAUGAACCCCCCCCCCCCCCACACACACACACACUAUGUUAUAACAGUGACAGUCCAACUGAAACAGACAGCAUAUAAACCAUGGCUGAAAAAGAAAGCGUGUACGUCGUUGUUACUUCACAACUUGCUGCUAUGACAUUAACUAAACCUCCAGACCUGCUGAUGCAGACUUGAUGUGCAGUUGAUGUGGAUGCCCGCGCUGGUCACAGACACACGCCUAACGGAAACAAUUUGUUCCUCAACAUGGGUUCCAAAACCUGAGCCGAGUGGUUCUCUGGUCAGUCGCACAUUCUUGAGACUAACAAUGGACUUUUACUUCAGCUCCCACGUGUCCAUGACGGAAAAGACACAACAUCAUCACGGCAAGGUAGCUGCGCCGUUGAUUAGCAUUGGCUGUACACGAUGGGCCCCACUUACUCUAUGCUAAAGCCUUGGUGCUUCCAACCUCGUUAUGAAAAUGUUUGUUUUUUUAAAAGACACAUCAGAGGGUGUGUAUGUUCAUAUAAGUUAGAGCUGAACUAGCCCUCAUACUGACUCCACUGCAGGGGAAAUCAACUGAAGGGUUGGUAUUUCCCCCAAACACGUGUCCAUGUCAAGGGCUUAUCUAAAUGCUUCAGAACCGUCCCGCUUGCUUCUGUACAUGCAGUGACUGUUACAACGCAAACAUUUUUUAUGCUGUAUUUACGGCUUUCUUAAAGCGACCGAUGUAAAAUGCCUAACCUCUUCCGAGCUACGUACGUGCAGUUUGAAAUAAAAUGUAGAGUGGGCGCGUGAAUAAUUUAACUGAGUAAGAACACCAUAAAGGUUCGUGCUGCUUUUUGUUUUUGCACUAAAGCAAAGCCCCGUGCACGGUGUAAGACAGCGGUGGCGAUGCAGGGUCUGCUCUCUGAUAAAACAUACACGUACACGGUAUUGCACAAAAUCUGCACAACUUGAUGUGUUUUCAGAAUGUACAUUUGAAUCAUAUGUGUGUGUAUAUUGAAAUUGAGUAACAUCUGCCAAUAUCUGUCUGUGGAAAUAUGAAAUAUAGUAUUGCCUCAUAAAAUCUGUUCAUCCCUUAA